AUGAAACUCCCUCAAUUACUAAGCCGUAGAGCCACCAAUGAUCUACGAGCUUCACCAUUUUCACCUCAUCUUCAUCGCCCUCUCACAUCGCGGUUCUCGAUAGACGCAGCCUCUCACCCUUGUAAUAAAGUCCAAAUCUACCUCUCCAAAUCAACAGAUCCCUUCCUCAACCUCUCCGUCGAGCACCGCCUCCUCCAAAUCACGCCUCCAGACUCAACCAUCCUCACGCUCUACGUCAACUCUCCCAGCAUCGUCUUUGGUCGCAACCAGAAUCCAUGGCAACAGGUCAACCUAAACCGCUUGGCUCAGAUUGCUCGGAAUCCGUCCAGUGUUGGAUGGAACGACUCACCUAUCCAAUUGAUACGGCGGCGUUCCGGAGGCGGCGCGGUAUUUCACGAUGUCGGCAACGUCAACUUCAGCGUCAUCUGUCCUCCUGAGCAUUUUGAUCGGAAUAAGCACGCUGAAAUGGUCGUUCGCGCCUUGAAAGCGCUGGCAAGACCGAACACGCGUGUCAAUGAGAGGCACGACAUUGUCCUGGAUGUGGCAUCGGAUGCAGAAGCUGCGACAUAUAAAAUCUCGGGCUCGGCUUACAAACUCACGCGUCUGCGAUCGCUGCACCACGGAACUUGUCUUCUCCGGAGUCCGAACUUGUCGAGCAUCUCUGGCUUGCUGCGUUCUCCUGCGCUUGGCUAUCUAGAUGCCCGUGGCGUCGAUAGUGUGCGCCGUCCGGUGAAGAAUAUUGAUGUCGGCAAUGACGAGUUCAAGGAUGCCGUUGUGGGCGAGUUUGAGAACAUGUAUGGCGAUGUUCAUUUUCGAGGUGAAUUCGACGACACGGCGCUUCAGGUGGAGGAGAUACGGCGAGGAUAUCAGGAGCUUCAGUCAAAGAGCUGGAUCUGGGGCCAGACACCGCGGUUUACUUUUUCAACGCAUCCCACAGAAGAGGACCCUCGACCUCGGCCAGAGCUGCCGUUUGAUUUGAAUAUGAGUCUUCUUGCUAGGCACGGCGUUAUUGGUGAGAUGAAUAUUAAGCACAGCGAUGGAGCUGCUGUCGAUGCCUUGGAUGCCUCCAUAUUACAAGGUGUUUCAAUAUGGGAGAUUGGCGAUUGGGCAGAGUCGCUUACUCAAGCUGGCCUUGGAGGCAGCCUCAGCAAGGAAGCAGGGGCUUGGCUAAAUGGUAUAUUCGGUACUGACUAUACCAAUAUUUGA